GAAUUGCCAAUGCUGUGCGACAGCCCUGUUUGGGGAUAUAUACAGAAAGUCAAAAAGAAAAGGAAGGACGAAAAAGGGCAUAUGUUGGAGUCUCGCCACCAACCCCUUUCGAUCCCGAACAAGAUCCAAGGGGACCGCGCAGGUGGAUCAGUCUGGGGAAACCCCCGCUUUUGGCAGGCGAUGAACUUCCAUAUUUGGCAAGCGGCGCCUAGAUCCAGUCAUCCACCUCCUCCAGCAAGUCGACAUCGAAAUCCUUGCCGAUAUCAGGCGCCCUAGGCCGCCAUAAUGGAGUCCGCCCGGGAAAUCACGGCGAUAGACGCGGACAAUUUUUGGUCCCUGCUUCCAGCAGUGCUCGAAGAUAUCGCGGCCGCAGAGCUUAUCGGCCUCGACCUCGAGAUGACGGGCGUCCGUCUGAGGGACGGGAUCUUUGGCCGGAAAGUGAAGUUCAUGGCCGAGCAGUGUUACGUCGAAGCUGCCGAGGCCGCCAAAGCCUUCCAGAUUCUCGAAGUGGGAAUCACCUGUCUUCGAUACGGGCCAGAGGAUAAGUCUUACCACUGGAAGGGCUACAGCUUCCAGCUCGCGCCGUGGUAUCUUGGCAACGAGGCGGGCAAUCUUGCGCUCGCAAAGUUCCUAGACCGCAGGUUUUCGCUUUCUGGCAACACGGCCAGCUUCCUGCGCGCCAGCCGGGGCGAUGAUCUCCCGGCCCGGGUCCUGAGCAAGGGCAUCACGUAUCUGAGCCGGCAGGAGGCUCAGGAUGCCUAUGAUAACUUUGUCGACCCAGACGCGAGGAACACUCCUCUCAUCAACAUCGACGGAGAGUCCCCGACGGUUCGCGACUUUUGCGCUAGUGUGCGCAAGCAGAUAACCGACUGGUUGUUCAAGCGCGGCGAACACUUCAUCAACAUCGAGAACCCAGAGGGUGAUCGCCUGACCUCGCUGCAGACCAGACUGAUCUACCAGUUGCUCGAGACCGACUUCAAGGAAUAUGGCCUCCGAGGCAAGCGCAAGGGUGACUGCUUGUUCAUGCAGAUCACGAUCAAGGGUGCCGACAAGUAUCAAGAGAAAACUCUUUCUCGCCAAAUGCGCGAUCGUAAACUGGCCGUCCGGCACCAGACAGGGUUCCGUUACGUCUUCGAGGCACUGGCCGGCGGCGAUUUCGCAGAAGAGAUCGACGUCCAGCUGCUGCUCGAACCUGGAGCUCACUCGCAAGACAAGAUGGACGAAAUGAGGCGUAAACUUCGCAGCAUCGAGAAAAAGACAAAGACCAGAGCUAGAGUGCUUAUCCUCCACAACUCGCUCUUGGAUUUGUGCUUCCUCUACCAGUCCUUCGUUGGAGAUUUGCCGCGGACCCUAACUCAGUUCAAGCUCGAUCUCCAAGCUUUCCCGCGGCUUGUCGACACCAAGUUCAUGGUGACUCUUGGUAGACAUGAGUUCGACCCUGAUAUCUCUCUGGGACAACUUUACAAAAUGGUCAAGAACCUGGAGCUUCCUCUGAUCGCUCCGCCCAUGCCAUCCAUCAGGGUUGCGCAUGAAGCAGGUUACGACAGCUGGCUCACCGCCGUGGCAUUUCUGAAGUUCUCAUGGAAGCUGGGCCAAGACCGGCAGCUUCUCAAGACCUAGGAGAGUCUCGAGAAGACUGGCAGUGUGAACCAUUCCAAACAUGGGGAGACUGAGCAUGGCCUUUCCACCACCAAUGCCAUCCCACUGAUUGGCCAAGCAAGCGCACUCGUUCUAUAUACCCCGCGCUGUCCGUCCGGCGAUGACACACCCGCUGAUCAGCAACACGGUCUGCAAACGCCUGCAACCGCGCUAGAGCAACUACUGAAUCCCACGUUCAUCGACCUGGAGGAGAGCCGCGACGAGGCGCUGGAGCAAGAACCGAAUCUCAUGCUCAUCGACCUCGAGGAGAGCCCAGCUGUGGCCGGAAAGCUCAUGCAGCCGAGCCUCGUCGAUGCCGAUGUCGAUGGCUACGUCGCCGCCAUGUCCCUUGUCCCCAGUCCGGGUCCCUUCUGCACCCCGGCCAGCACUGCAGCGCUCGAGAAGGGUGCCCUUGUAGAGGCCAAGGAGAUGGAUGACUCGGCAAGUAGGCACGAGGUCCAGCCGUGGAACUCGCCGCUCUUCAAGAUAUUCGGCGGCAAGAUCCGAACCGUUCGCGGGGGUGCCAUCGAUAUCUACAUGACCUGAAAGCGGUAAUGGGGGCCGUCUUGAGGGAUCUUUGUUCAUUUUGAGGCCGUAUCUGCAGAUAAACGGACGCCUUUUUGAGCUACGGUAGCCCACGCCCUGGGUAGGAAGAUAUCAUUACGAGCUUGCAUGCUCGUUUUACGUUCUACGCGUCGCGACAUGGUACUCUCCCCACCAUUAGAUCUGGGAACCAUUCGUACAUGGGGAAAUGGGCAAUAAGAUCUGCGUUGGCGUGCGCGCCGUUCCUUCUUAUUGUUCAUCUAGGUGAUAUCUCAAUGAAGAACCAGAUGCCUUUCUUAUCCUCGUCUUGCAAAUUCACACUCUAUAACGCCGGAUAACGCCAAGCAUACAUGACCCGGAGGAUC